AUGCCAUUGGAAUACACAAGAGUCUUAUUGGAGAAGAAGCAGAAGCAAGAAGCAGAAAAAUUAAAAGACCAACAAAGCGUUAUUAAAAGUACUGCUGCUGGUAGUAAAUCUGUUGAACCUUCGGUCGUUGAUAUUGAAGAUUCUAUGGUUGAUGAAGAAAUUGCCAAGAAAAGACUUGCGAAACUUGAUAAAGUUCGUGGUUUUAUGAAAUAUAAAAGAAAAGUCGACAAUUAUCGUAAUCCUCGUAAACGUGUUAAAGAUUGGAAAGAGAUAAAUGCACGUUUAAGUGAUGCAGAACUUAAAGUACAAACAGCUCGUUGUAUGGAUUGUGGUGUACCAUUCUGUCAAUCUGAUUCAGGAUGUCCAAUUGGUAAUAUCAUACCAAAAUGGAAUGAUCUUGUAUUUAAGGAUCAAUGGAAAGAUGCUUUAAAUCGUUUAUUAAUGACUAAUAAUUUCCCGGAAUUUACCGGAAGAGUAUGUCCAGCACCUUGUGAAGGAGCAUGUGUUUUGGGAAUUACAGAGACACCUGUCAGCAUCAAAUCAAUUGAAUGUGCAAUAAUAGAUAAAGGAAAAUUAUCGAUUACACAGAAAUUACAUCAUGUUCAUAAAUACAUAUGGAAAAAUAAUUUCUCUUCACCGAUCGAAUUAGGGGCUCACAAUAACAAAAGAGUUUUGGAUAUAGGAUGUGGUGACGGUGCCUGGAUAAUUGAAUUGGCCACCGAGAACCAAUGGAAUUACUUUACUGGCAUUGAUACUAGACUUGUAUUUCCCAAAUCUAUUAAACAAUUUAAUGCAACAUUUUUACAAGCAGAUAUUUCAGAUAAUUUAAGAUUUGAGUCGGAUACAUUUGAUUUGGUUUAUGUUAGAGAUGUUAAUUUCAUUAUAAAUAAAAAUGAUGAUGACGAAAAAAGUUGGGAGGAAAAGGUUUUAAAAGAAAUGAUCAGAGUUUGUAAACCAAAUGGAUGGAUAGAAGCAAUGUUUUAUGAAAAUAAAUUUUAUCGAGAAGGUCCAGUGGGCAAAAGAUUACGAGAAGCAUUUGAUAGAUAUCUUGAUUCUAAAAAAAUGAAUUCAAUAUUUUACACAAAAUUUGAAGAAUUAUUUUAUAAAACUGAUGAAUUAAUAAAUUUCAAAAAAGAAUACAAAGAAUAUAAAUUAGGAUAUUCAACAAAUAGGAAAUCCAAUGAUAUCAUUAAUAAAUCUUACAGAAAAAUUAGUGAUAUAUUAAUUGAAUAUAUUGUUGAAAUGUGGAAAACUCCUAGGAUCUCAAUAUCUGAAAGCAUGGGUUGUACGGUGGAAGAGUACGAUGAUUUGAUCGGAUUAUUUAAGAAAGAAGUUAAGCAGAAAAAUACCUAUAUAAGAUACAUUAGAAUCUACGCUCAAAAGAAAGAAUAA